UCAAACAGACAAACUACAGUACAUCCCCUCACUGAUGGGGCAUAUGAAUGAGCCAGUAUGCCUUCUAAAGGGAAGACAUAGAAACAUUGCAUUUAAAGUGCCAAAAGAUUAUUUGGAAGACCGUUUUCAGGACAUAGAUCUAGUUGAUAGAAGUGGUGUGACUGGUGGUGUGCAAGAAGUUGAAAUUAAACCAAUAAAACCACCUGAUAUCAGUAUUCCAAUGAAGUUAGGUCGAGAUGAAAAUUUUUCUAUGUUCUUGCCAAGUCAUCGUAAAAUGGCAGCUCAACUCAUUGAUGUUUUGAUGGGAAUGCAUGGGAGUGAGGACUUCCUUUCAGCUUCAGUGUUCUGCAGAGAAAAAAUCAAUCCAUAUCUUUACAUUUAUGCUUUGUCAGUGGUGAUGUUACACAGACAAGAUACCAAAAACAUUACACUACCAACGAUUGUGGAGAUUUUUCCUGACAAGUAUGUAGCUGGAGGAAUUUUUCCUAGAGCGAGACAAGAGGCGAAUGCUGUGCCUGAUGGUUCUAGGGUUCCAAUAGAAAUUCCAAAGGAUUACACUGCUUCAGAUCUUGAGCCUGAGCACCGAGUUUCUUAUUUCCGUGAAGAUAUUGGCUUGAAUCUAAAUCACUGGUAUUUUCAUCUGAUAUACCCAUUUUCUGGACCCCGUAAGAUUGUGAAUAAAGAUCGUCGUGGUGAAUUAUUCUACUAUUUCCAUCAACAAAUUAUUGCCAGGUACAACUUUGAACGGUUGAGCAACAAUCUUGGAUGUGUAAAGAAGUUGAACAACUGGGAUGAACCAUUAAAGGAAGCAUAUUUUCCUAAGCUUGACAACGUGUUGGCAAGUAGGGUGUGGCCUGCACGGGAAAAAUUUACUAAGUUACAUGAUAUCAACCGUGAAGCUGAUCGGCUUUCAUUUGACAUUGAUGAUAUGAAACGCUGGAGAAGUAGAAUAUUUGAUGCCAUUCACCGUGGAGCAGCGAUAAACGACAGAGGAGAAUAUGUACCUUUAACAGAGGAAAAAGGUAUUGAUAUGUUAGGUAACAUGGUGCAAUCAAGCUCCCUGUCAGUUAACAAGAAUUUCUAUGGUGACAUGCACAACCUUGGGCAUAUGAUGGUUGCCUACUGUCAUGAUCCUGAUGGACGAAAUUUGGAGACGUUUGGUGUUAUGGCAGAUGUAGCAACAGCCAUGAGAGACCCUGUGUUCUACAGAUGGCAUUCAUUCAUUAAUUCAGUUUUCCAAGAACACAAGAAUUUGUUGCCAAGGUACACCAUUCAACAGUUAACUUUCCCUGGUGUUAAUGUAUCUGGCAUAGAGCUUAUAACAGCAAAUUCAAUAAAAAAUGAAUUCACAACAUUUUGGCAGAAAAGCGAUGUUGAUCUCUCCAGAGGUCUUGAUUUCGCCCCUGGUGGAGCAGUCUAUGCUCGCAUUACACAUCUGCAGCAUGCCCCAUACUUAUUUGCAGUACAGGUUAGCAACUCAGGACCACCUCGAACAGGAACUGUAAGAAUAUUUUUGGCUCCAAAAUUCAAUGAACAAGGACGCCCAAUGCUGUUUCGAGAACAAAAAAAUAUGUUCAUUGAGAUGGACAAGUUUACAGUACAUUUGAAAACUGGACUUAAUGUGUUCUGGAGAGAGUCAAAGAAAUCUUCUGUAACAGCUGCAGUUGGAAGUCCAUUAAAAAAUUUGAACAAUUCUGAUCCACAGUCACAAGAGGCAGGUGGCUACUGUUCUUGUGGGUGGCCUCGUCAUUUGAUGAUCCCAAAAGGGAAACCUGAGGGUUUACCAGCUCAUCUCUUUGUAAUGAUAUCUGAUUAUGCCAUAGACAGGGUAGAUCAACCUCCACCUGAGGGAUGUCGGGCAAGUCACAGUUACUGUGGUUUGCGUGAUAGAAUGUAUCCUGACAAAAAGCCAAUGGGAUUUCCAUUUGACCGUAUGCCUCGUAGUGGUGUGAAUACUCUUCAGGAAUUCCUAACUCCUAAUAUGGGAGUUUUGGAUGUGGUGAUAAGACAUUAUGGAAAAACAGCAAUUUCACUGCCACUGACACGAGAUGAUUGGGAAAAAUUUGUGGCUGGUAGCCAGUACAGAGUAUGA